CGCAGAAGAAGCCUUAGGAUGGAAAAAGUAAGAGAAGGCAAAAUCAGGAGAGGCAUCAAGAGCUGCUGGAAGACGAGGCGACUGCAGUCUCUGCAGGACAUGAUGAGAGUGGUCUUCUCGACGGAUUUGGUGCUAGCUGCGGUCUUUCUGCUUGUGGUGGGGGGAGGAUGUUGUUUUCUCCCUGUGAGAGCAGUAGUAGAGCACUCAGACUCAGGCGAUACCAGUGAGAACACUGAGAAGUACCCCACCCCUCAUGAUCUGGCUCGACCUCACCCGCCGCCCAAUAUAUGGGACUGCAAGGUUGGCCCCUCUUGUUGUAUGGCGGUCCCUUCUAGUAGGCGAAUAAAGGGCACCCCUUUUGUGGCCAAUUUGUCGGAACCUAUGAGAACUCGAAUGUCCAUUCAGACGGCUUUUCAAGACCCCUCUUACGUGCGCAAACUUACAGAAGCCUACCGAUUAAUGAAGAUGUUAGACAAGGAGGAUCCCGACGACCCACGUGGCAUGGAACAACAACGCCGGGUCCAUUGUGCUUAUUGUUCGUUGGGAAGAUCGUACGGUCAGUCGUACGAGAUCCACGGCAAUUGGUUCUUCCUCCCCUGGCACCGCAUGUUUCUCUACUUCCACGAGCGAAUCCUUGGGGAAAUGAUCAGCUACCCCAGCUUUGCGAUCCCCUUCUGGAAUUGGGACGACGACGCGGGAAGAAGGUUCCCUCGGGCAUACAGCAGGUCCCCCUCCUCCCCCUUAUACAACCCCGCGCGAAACACGGACCCAUGCUCGAUGAAGAGGUUGGUAGCCGAUGCCACGACCACUCGCAUGCUUCGGUCUAUCGUACUGGAGGCCAGCACUCAGGACUUGUUCUUCGGGCAACCAUUGACAGCUCUGCGAACGAGGCAAGCUGGCCUGAUAGAGACGGGGAGCCACAAUGCGGUGCAUUCGGCGGUGGGGAGGCAGGCUUUCCCCUUCAACGACAUGGGGAACGUGGACUGGGCAGGACGGGAUCCCAUCUUCUACAGCCACCAUGCAAACAUCGAUCGCCUGUGGAGCGUAUGGCUGAGACUGCCGCCUGGUCCGUCGGGACCGCGACGCAACCCGACGCACGAAGCGUGGUUGAGGUCCCGGUUCUUCUUCUACGACGAGAACGCGCAGCUGCGGACCAUCUCGCCGGCUGACGUGCAGAACGUAGAGGACCUGAGGUACAGGUAUGAAGAAGUACCCAUCCGGUGGCUAUUACAAGGGGAGCUGGACAAGGCUAUAAAUAGUCAAUUGGAUAUGAAGCGUACGAAGACAGAUUCCGGACGUACUCGAUCUAGUACCGCCGCCCUCAACGUGCCAGGACGUCGACUUGGACAGCAGCCCACCUCUCCACGACGACCUCCUUCUUCUUCUUCAUUCGGAGGUAGCGAUGGAGGUAGCGAUGGUGGUAGCGAUGGUGAGAGAGGAGGUGGGGAGGGAGGUGCUUCAGUUGGUGAUUCGUUCAAUCUGUGGAAGACUAUGAGAUGGAUAGAAAACAAUAGGACGGACGCAGGGACGGAGGAAAAGAAGGAAAAGCAGAAGCUAGAGGAGAAGGAGGAGGGGGAGGGGGAGGAGGAGGAGGAGAGGGAGGAGGAGGAGAGGGAGGACGAGGGAAGACACGAGUUCAUCGUGAAGGAGGAACGAAAGACGCAGAUGCAGAUGGAGGAAGAUACAGCAGUCCGCCAUAGCCAACGUGGGCGAGGUUAUCAAAAAGCGACGGCGGCAAGCAAUGCACGAAAACUCGAAGAAGAGGGACCACCUCGAGAAGAAAAAGCUAUGGCGGCUUUAUCUGACGAUGACCGCGGCGUUGCUGCCCAAACUUCUUCUUCUUCUUCUUCCUCCUCUUCUUUUCCUCCUCCUCCUCCUCCUCCUCCUCCCCCUUCUUCUUCUUCUUUCUCUUCUUCUUCCUCUUCUUCUUCUUCUUCCUCUUCUUCUUCGUCUAGCUUACGCAAUCACGACGAUGAUAUUGAUGAUGAUGACAAUUGCCCGCCGCUGAACUCGACACUCUCUGACGCAUUUUUUGAAAAAGCCAUUGGAUUUGCAGCUUCCCGCAAUAGGAAUGGAGUGGUUAUUGGGCCGAUUACAAUGAGCAACUCUCCUUUGAUUGUUUCCCUUUCAGGUAAGUACGGUUGUACCUCGGGCCCCGCGACUGAGGAUCUCCCCUUGAUUACCUUUCAAGCCAUGAGGUGCCCCAAUCACGCUCUCUCAUUUGACGUGUUCCUUAGCUCAAGGAACAGCACUGCCGCAGCGGGGAGCUCCCCGAGACCAUCCGGAUCCGCUUCCACGUCAGCAGAUGGUGGAAAAGAGCAAGCGACACGUGGCACUCGGCACUACGUUUCUACCUUCUACAGCAUGGCUUAUGGUAGAGAAGCUCCCGUCACUACAUGGAAGAUUCCUAUUCAAGGAGUGUUCGGCGACAUGCAGCUGGCAGCCGACGGGAGAGAAGUGCAGAUCGCGGUCACAUUAGUGCCAGGACCGCACUUGCGGCAGGGGAGAGGGGGGGUAGGUGCUGGGAUCACCUUCGGGAACAUCGGGUUGCAGGUCCCGACCUGCCGGACCUCCUGAUCGAUAUCAAAGUCAAAGUCGUGGCGGGAUCCCGCUUGACGC